AUGUCGAUUCCUUAUGAGGGACCUGGCACCCUGUCAGAGCUUUCAGCUGAUGCAUUGCACCUCUCUUCCGAGAUGUUGGGCACCAGCGCGAACUCGCACAUGCGACUGAACUCUCACUUGAUGGAGCUUUCAAUGCGAGCUGCAGAGUCAGUGCAUGUGCUAAAGAAGUCGCGAAAUAGCACGGGCGUUUACGCGGUCAACGCAGCAAGCUCGUAUGCAUCCGGUGGGCCCAGCACAGAGCUGGAAAGAUGCGAAUCUAUUCUGCAUGUGAUCCCUCCCAAUUCAAGAUUCCGCCUAGUGUGGGAUUUGUCCGGUGUGCUCUUGAUUAUGUUGGAUGCAUUUCUGCUUCCCAUGACCAUGGCCUGGAGCGAAUGGGAGAUAACCCCGAUGCCUACAUCGAACAGCGCUCCCAGCCGAAUGCUGCAGAUGUUGGCCAUUCUUUCCUUGAUAUUUUGGCCAUGUGAUAUCGUAGUGAACUUCAACACCGCCUUCUACGUUCGCGGCUUCAUCGAGACCCGGCGCCGGGAAAUUGCCAAGCGCUAUGCGUAUACGUGGCUGGGGUUUGACGUGUGCGUCGUCUUGCUGGACUUUGCCGCUGGUUUCCUGGGGCAGGCGACAGAUGAUGCGCCUUCAGAUAUUUUGCAGCCAUUGCGGUCCGCCCGCUAUUUGCGAAUACUGCGAACGAUUCGGAUUCUCAGGAUUCUCAAAGCAGGCAAGAUUAAUGUGCUGCUGGAGAAUCUCGUUAUCUCUAUGGGACGGCAGUGGAUGAUCUUGGCAUUCACAGUCGGGAAGAUGCUCAUAGCCAUCGGGGCCGUCGCACACAUUCUCGCAUGUGUCUGGUUUGCGCUAGGUGACACCGUAUCGUCAUUUGAUACGGGCCCGCCCAGCUGGCUGCAACUUGCUCGGAUCGAAGAUGCAAGCUUCCAAAUCCAGUAUAUACAUUCAUUAACAUGGAUUCUGCUACCGCCUGCUCCAGCACCUCUCGAUCCUCUCAGCGGCAUCGAGCAGAUGGCAGUGCUGACCCUCUUCGUCAUAACAGUUUUGGUCAUUGGUUCUGCUUUGUCGAUCCUUACCGGCACCUUGAACGAGAUCCGCCAGGUGAACAGCGAGCGCAGCAGGAAGCGCCGUGAGCUGCGCAUCUUCCUGCAAAACCGAAAAGUGCCCACCGAGCUGUUGAUGAGGGUCAUGAGCUACGCCGACUACAAGAUGACCCGCCAUUCGCCGGUUGGUUAUGAUUCCAGCUUGAUCUCACCGAUGCUUGAGGCAGAAUUGGCCACGUCUCAGUUCGGCUCCGUUCUGAAUGCCCACCCGUUAUUUUCGUUUGUGUCGUCAUCGUAUCCCACUGUCUUCGCCGAGUGCUGCCGCGCGUUGAACAAGCAUUUCUACUGCGAGGGUGAGGCCGUCUUCAGCGAGGGCUCAUUGGCCGAGAAGAUGUACGUCAGCAACCAUGGCACGUUUAAGUUGACGGCUGAGGUGUUUACGCAUGAUCAGGUCUUCUUCGAAGACGAUUGCCAAUGCUUUGCCGAGAUCUCCUUGUAUGUGGAGGCUGUGAUGCACGGCUACACUUUGCACACUCAGUCCUUUUCCGAAGUCUUCUCGCUUACGGCUUCGGAUUUCGCCAGAAUACUUGGGGCCUCACCCAUGUGCACAACGAUGGUCGUGGAGUAUGCCAAUGACUACAUUGUGCGGUUCUCGUCUGCCUCAGCUACUUCACAGGUAUGCGUUUGGGACAUGAUCGAACAAGAACAAUCGUGCGCGAAAGCUGCUUGCGCAUGCAACUCCUUCUAUCUCGAGGUGAAUGUGGACAGUCGCUUGGUCUUGGACACACUGGACCUAUCAGAUCUGCAGAGUCCCGUAGUCAAGUCCAUUACCAUGGGCCAUGUUUUGUCUGGUCAGCAGCAGGACUUGGAUGAUUCUCACACUCGAGAUUUUCAGCCAGCAGCACAGCUCCGAGGAGCUGGCGACGAGUUUGGUGGGUAUUUGGCUCCCAUGGACUUCGUGACUUCAGUGGUCUAUAGCACAGAGCCUGCUGAGGAUACGCUCGCAAGCUUGCGCGAGGCUUUUGUCGAGCUUGAUCCAGAUUCCGGAUUGCACGCCAGAUUCUCCGACUCCAAAGAGCAGGAAAGAGCUGAAUCUGCCAUUCUCAGCCUCGUGGCCAUCGUUCGGGACGACUACAACAUGUACACGGCAGUGCAGCCACCAGACAACCGCCUAACCAACACUCAGUGGCAAAACUUGCGGGAUCUCUUUGAAUGGACGGAGGCCACUGACCAGAAGCUGCUUGCGGUAAUCUUCCUGCUCGCAGUCAAGGGCGUGAGCAAGUACAGAUCACUUACUCGGCAGCUUCCAGUGGGCCAUCAGCGCCCAGAGAAGGCAAUGAAGUACAUACUCGAGUCGUUUCCGCUGGCGGUUCCUUCUUCUGCCAGCUUGGGUAGCAAUGUCCAGCAUCUCGUGAGGAACCUGUUGAAGAUGCUCGGCACAUUUAACUUUGCCCAGAUGCUCCAGGGUGAGAAUGUGCCUGCCAACCUCAGGGACCUCAAGGACACCAUACAACCGCGUGGGGGCGAAGAGCUGCUGAAGUUCUACGUCCUCUACCUCCUCGGCUUCAUGAGUGGGCUAGCCGGCGGCCAAGGGUCCUGCUUUAUGACCCGGCGAAAUGCCAAAACCACAAUUUUGGGAUUGGCCAUGCUGAAGCACGUCCUCGAGCAGGACCCGGCACCCUUGUACUGGACGUACAUCCACCACAGGGGGCUUGAACUGAGCAGACGUGCCGAGCAGCCAUCAGACUUGGCAUUGCUGCGCUUGGCCUGCAACUGCCGGGCUCAGACGGCGGACGACUUGGCACGGCUUCAAGAUGCCUGGGACCAUCUCACAGCACAGGAACAAGUAGAGCUCACGAAGCACUUCCUGGCCGAUGGCAUAACGACCCCGGCAAUCGUUUGUGAAUUCCUUCCACUUUGCUUGGAGCGAGCUCGGUCCAAUCCUUUUGUCACAGUUCGAACGCUCUUGCAGGUUUUGGUCGAACUACUUCAGGCCGUUCGAUCGGCCGCCCCGAAAGGCCAGCAAAUCAUCACUGUGGACCUGGCCGAUUUGGCGGCCUUCAUCUUGAUGGUGCAAAACAGCUACGUUUUCCAGACAUGCCUGGCUCGUGCCACUCUGGGCCUCAGGGAGGAAAGGUUCUGUGUGGACGUGUCGCAGGAGAACUGGCGGAGAGUUACCGAGCCUCCUUCUGACAUUGUGCUGCUCGCAGGCUCCGUGCGCGAGCUCGUGUACAAGUCGAGACAGAUGGAGGACACGAACAACCCAACUCAGCAGCAAGUCUUGGUUCAAUGCCAUUUUUGA